AUGGGUGCUGAUCUUAAAGCAGAAUUGUCCGUGAAAACUCCUGUUUUUGAUCUUAAGGUUUGGGAAGUAAUUGGAAUUGCAGUUGGAUUGUUUAUUAUUGUCAUCCUCUGUGUGCUCUCAUUUUGGCUUACUUCAAGGAAGAAAUCUAGAAAAGCCAGGGACAGGGUUCCUGUUAAUCACAUACCUACUAUCUCAAAGGAAAUCACGGAAGUGCGGGUUGAGCAAGUGCCGGCGAACGGAUUUGUUCCUCGUGAAGGAAUACUUCUUACAAUUCAUGAUAAAUCCAGUGACAAGGAAUCAGACAAAGUUAUGCUUCAUUUAGGUGUUGGGAAGAAGAAACACGGGGAUAGUGGCAGUCACUCGGAUUCAUUUCAUUACUUGGAGAAAGAUGGUGGAGGGUCACAAUCAGGGGAGGAAAUAAGCUCUGGCUCGGUUGGAAUGUACAUGCCCUCUUCUUCAUACCCUGUAACAGCUCCUUCACCUCUCUCUGGCCUUCCAGAAUUCUCUCACUUGGGUUGGGGCCACUGGUUUACUCUGAGGGAUCUUGAACUUGCCACAAACCGUUUUUCGAAAGAAAAUGUAAUUGGUGAGGGUGGGUAUGGAGUUGUUUACCGGGGACAGUUGAUAAAUGGGACUCCAGUGGCAGUUAAAAAGAUACUCAAUAACAUUGGUCAAGCUGAGAAAGAAUUUAGAGUGGAAGUUGAAGCUAUUGGCCAUGUCCGACAUAAAAAUUUGGUUCGACUUUUGGGGUACUGCAUGGAGGGGACUCACAGGAUGUUAGUCUAUGAAUACGUCAGUAAUGGAAACUUAGAGCAAUGGCUUCAUGGAGCUAUGCGGCAUCAUGGAUAUCUUACCUGGGAAGCACGCAUCAAGAUUGUUCUUGGCACGGCUAAGGGGCUUGCAUAUUUGCAUGAAGCAAUUGAGCCAAAGGUGGUACACCGAGAUAUCAAGUCAAGCAACAUAUUAAUUGAUGAUGACUUUAAUGCCAAGGUUUCUGAUUUUGGCCUGGCCAAGUUACUGGGUUCUGGGAAGAGUCAUGUUGCAACACGAGUUAUGGGAACCUUUGGAUAUGUGGCUCCUGAAUAUGCAAAUACUGGUCUUCUAAAUGAAAAAAGUGAUGUUUAUAGCUUUGGUGUUGUGCUAUUGGAAGCAAUUACUGGAAGAGAUCCAGUGGACUAUGGUCGCCCCGCACAGGAAGUUAAUAUGGUUGAUUGGCUUAAGAUGAUGGUUGGAAACAGGCGAUCAGAAGAAGUGGUGGACCCAAACAUUGAGGUGAAGCCAUCUACAAGGGCUUUGAAACGGGCGCUCUUAACUGCUUUGAGAUGUGUAGAUCCAGAUUCAGAGAAAAGACCCAAGAUGGGUCAAGUUGUGCGUAUGCUCGAGUCAGAGGAGUACCCUUUAGCUAGAGAGGACCGUAGGCAUCGAAGAAAUCAGGGGGUUAACUCAGACAUUGAAUCCCAUAAAGAUAGUUCUGACACGGAUGGGAGUGAGAUCCAGGGUUCUAGAUCAGCAAGUGGAAGAUUCUUGGAUUUGCCUACCCAAGAUGGGCAUGGCAGAGGCUGA